AUGUUUGCAUGUCUCAAAGUGAAGAGACAUGAAGAUAAUCAGACAUUUUUCACAAAAAAUGGAGGGGCUUUAUUAGAGGAGCUUACUGCCUUCUCUAAUGGCAGGUCUAAUCCCACCCAUCAUUUCUCAGCAAAAGAGCUUCUGAGAGCAACUACCAACUAUGAUACAAGCCAGAUUUUUGUGGAAGGUUUAGCAAAUGUUCUUGCAUAUCUUCACGCUGCAUUUUCUAGACCAGUUAUCCAUCGAGAUAUUAAAUCCUCAAACAUUAUACUGGAUCAGAACAAUGCUCCCAAACUCAUUGACUUUCGACUAUGUAUAUCUAUUCCUGAAGGGCAAUCACCCCUAGAAGGGGAUGUUAUAAGGAGAACAGAAUGGUUGACUCCACCUGAAAAUUGGUCUACAAGUUAUUUAACAGAGAAGGCUGAUGUUUAUCAGUUUGGAAUGCUUCUAAUUGAGUUUUAA